AUGAUAUGUGCUGGCGAAGUCUAUAGAGGGAAGACGGUUCAGGAAAUAUGGGCCUGCUGCGAGCUCUCAAGUCGCAGUUCCUCUGCCACCUGUUCAUCUGCUACGUCUUCCUGCUCAGCGGCCUGAUCAUCAACAUGCUCCAGGUGUGCACGUUGCCGCUCUGGGUCAUCGACAAGCAGCUGGCUCGAAGGAUCAACUGCCGGCUGUGCUACUCCAUCACAAGCCAAAUGGUGGUGCUACUGGAGUGGUGGUCUGGUACAGAAUGCACUCUCUACUCGGACCCGCAGACCUCCAAGCUGUAUGGCAAGGAGAACGCCAUCGUUAUCCUCAAUCACAACUUUGAAAUAGACUUUCUGUGUGGAUGGACCUUCUGUGAACGAUUUGGUGUCCUCGGGAGCUCCAAGGUUUUAGCUAAAAAGGAGUUAGCAUUUGUGCCGCUGAUUGGCUGGAUGUGGUACUUCCUGGAGAUUGUCUUCUGCAAGAGGAAGUGGGAAGAAGAUCGUAAGACUGUGGCCCAGAGUCUCCAGAACCUGCGGAAUUACCCCGAGAACUUCUGGUUCCUGCUGCAUUGCGAAGGCACUCGCUUUACCGAGAAGAAACACCAGAUCAGCAUGCAGGUGGCAGAGAGCAAAGGCCUGCCCAAGCUGAAGCACCACCUCCUGCCCCGAACCAAGGGCUUCUGUAUCACUGUGAAUAACCUCCGGGGGGCAGUCAGCGCUGUGUACGAUUCUACGCUUAAUUUCAGAAACAAUGAAACUCCAACUCUGCUGGGAGUUCUAAAUGGGAAGAAGUAUCACGCGGAUCUGUAUGUAAGGAGAAUUCCUCUGGAAUCCAUUCCGGAUGACGAGGUGGAAUGUUCCGCCUGGCUUCACAAACUCUACCAGGAAAAGGAUGAAUUCCAGGAGCAGUACUACCAAACGGGCCGCUUCCCGGGCCCCACAGCGAGCUUGCCACAGCGGCCCUGGGCUUUGCUGAACUGGCUUCUUUGGGCAGCUCUGCUACUGUACCCGCUGGGCCUUCUGGUGGUGCGCCUGAUUGGCACCGGCUCCUGGGUCACCAUCCUCGGUACCGUGGCACUGUGCGUGGCAGCCUCUGUCUGUGUGCGCUGGAUGAUUGGGCAGACCGAGAUUGAAAAGGGCUCCAGCUACGGAAACAAAGGCUCCGCGUUAAACAACUAAAAGAGAAACGGGACGGACUGGGAAGCAUCCCCAUGCCGCUACGCCUCCUGCCAGCCUGAGUACCGCCGGACAGAGUUCAACUCCAGGCCGCGGGUCCGAAUGACUAACUAUGCAGAAACGGGGAUGCUCCAGAGGACCCCAGAGACAGCGCAAAGAUCCAGGGCUGUCUGACAAGCUGCCCGAGGGGGAGGGCACGCGCUUACUAGUGUGUUCUGGGUGAUAGCUAACACCCCAGAGAAGCCACGAGUGCGUGCGUGUGUGUGUGUGUGUUAGAUCGCUAACUCAUUAUGACACAUAUUCCAUUCAGAUGUGUGCUCCACUGUGGAAGUGUUGAAAGGAACCACUUUUUUUUGUUUUGGUGAACAGCGAAUGAGUAUUUGUUCCAUGAAGUACCAAUAAACCAAAUGAACGUUC